AUGCUGCUGAUCGCAUUCCGUCUCAAGUGGGCUAAUACAUUCGAGGGAAUCCGCGGCGCCGAGGCGAUGUACAGGCAGUGCUGUUGGCGUUUGCUCAUGAUUCCUAAACUGAACACUGACACACCCUACACCCGUUCUGCUAUCGCCACGGGCGGCACCAUCAACCUGGGCUAUUACUACGCGGCGCUGGAGAUCGCGCGCCAGCAGCCUGACUGGCUCGUGGUCAUCUGCUCGCGGUCCGAUCCCGAGCGUGCGGUCGACAAAGUCCGCGCCUUCGCGGGAGAGUGGGCUGCCAGGAACCGCCCGCCGAUCCAGGCGCUCCUCCUCAACGCCGGCUUGCAUUUCCCGUCCAAGACGGCUACGAACGCCGAGGGCGUCGAGGCCACCUUCGCGAUCAACCACGUCGGCCACGCGCUGCUGUUCCGCCUGCUCUGUUCUGCCCGCGUCGUCGUGACCUCCAGUGGCACCCACGACCCGGCCACGCAGAGCGGCAUGCCCGACGCAGCCUACACCACGGCCGCGGGCCUGGCGCGCCCGCCGGCCGCCAACUACACCAACAGCAAGUUGGCGAACCUGCUGUGGGCGUACGCGCUGCAGCGGCGGCUCGGCGCGCGAGCACCCGGCACCGCUGCGGCUCGCCUGGAAGCACUCGGGCGCGGCGCUGGGAAGCGCUACGAGGGCCCCAGGGAGAUCCCCUCCAGCGUCGCUAGCUACAACCCCGCCAAGCGGGACGACCCCUGGCACUGGACCGUCAACCACGUCGCCUGGGGCGAGGCCGAAGCGGCGCGCUUCGAGGCGUUUAGUUGA